AUGAACGACGAUUUUAUAGGAGGCCUCAAGACGGGCCUGCAUGAAAUGCCUCCGCUUGAGCCGGGCAUGAUGCCUCCGACAGGAGGUGACCCGUGCUUUGCGCUGGGAGAGUUCGCGAAGAGGACUUUGCAACGGCCCAUAAUGUACGACUCGUUGAACCACUACAACCGCAAAUCACUGAUGAACGCGUUGGAGACACUGAUCAAAGUAAUGACCUGUUUAACGUCUGUCUAA